AUGCCGGGAAACGGAUUAUUGGAAACUUCUCCCAACUAUGUUAUCAACAAAGCUGUUGCUGCUAGAUUUCAACAGCUGCCCCAACCAAAGGAUAAGGUACAAGUCAUGUACGUAUGGAUUGACGGAACUGGACAAGAUCUUAGAGCCAAGUCUAGAACACUAGACUUUAUUCCUACAAAAGUCGAAGAACUCCCUGUGUGGAAUUACGAUGGAAGCUCUACGUACCAAUCUCAAGGAGAAAACUCAGAUACAUUUUUGUAUCCAGUGGCCAUUUUUAACGACCCGUUCAGGUUGGCACCAAACAAACUUGUCAUGUGCGAAACGUACAAACACGAUCACACUCCAACUGGUACAAAUCACCGUAAAGCCGCUUUGGAAGCCAUGACUAAAGCUGCCGACCAAAAACCGUGGUUUGGUAUCGAACAAGAAUACACGUUACUCGACACUGACGGCAAACCGUUCGGAUGGCCAAAGACUGGAUUCCCAGGUCCCCAGGGUCCGUACUAUUGCGGUGUUGGCGCUGAUAAAGUGUACGGACGUGACAUUGUGGAGGCUCAUUAUCGUGCAUGUCUGUAUGCCGGAAUCAACAUAUCUGGAGAGAACGCCGAAGUUAUGCCAGCUCAGUGGGAAUUCCAAGUUGGACCAUGUGAAGGUAUUAGCAUUGGUGAUCAUUUAUGGAUGGCUCGUUUCUUACUGCACCGUAUUGCCGAAGAGUUUGGCAUUGUGGUAACACUUGACCCAAAACCAGUACCAGGAGAUUGGAAUGGUGCAGGUGCACAUUGUAAUUUCUCAACUCAAGUUAUGAGAGAAAACAAUGGAAUAAUUGAAAUCGAAAAGGCUAUUGACAAAUUGUCCAAACAACAUAUGAGACAUAUUAAGGCGUACGAUCCCAAAGAAGGCAAAGAUAACGAGCGCCGUUUGACCGGAAAACACGAAACUUCUUCCAUUCACGAUUUCUCGGCUGGCGUGGCUAACCGUGCUGCCAGUAUUCGUAUUCCUCGUGGUUGUGCCGAAGAGAAGAAGGGUUACUUAGAAGAUCGUAGACCAUCGUCCAACUGCGACCCAUACAGAGUGACCGAAGUCAUUGUACGCACCGUGUGCCUAAAUGAAUAA